AUGACGGAAAAACUGCUUUCAAGUGCCAUUUCAGACAAGGAGAUAAAAACAUUUCAAAACGAUGGAGCGAUAUGUUUACGAGAUUUGUUUGAUGUGAAGUGGCUUGACCUCCUGAGGAAAGGAAUUGAAGAUAACCGGCUCCAUCCGUCCGAAAUGACAAAGCGGAAAGGCCACUCCCCUCUUUUCUUUCAUGACUACAACAAUUGGAACAGCAUACCGGAAUAUGAGAAGUUUAUUUUACACUCACCAGCAGGAGAGAUUGCAGCAAGGCUCAUUCAGUCGUCGGUAAGCAAUCUAAUGUUAGGCAGGAGCUUAUUCCCAUACAUACCGUAAAAUUCCGAAAAUAAGCCCCUCCAUGUAUAAGCCCCUCCAAAUAUAAGCCCCUCCGAAAAAUAAGUCCCUCAAAAAGGGCCUUUGAAAAAUAUAAGCCCCGGGGCUUAUUUUCGGAAUUUUACGGUAUGUUCACAUCAUAGGGAGCCUGGAACAGGCUAGUCACUCUCAAUCUUUCAAUAAAAAGUUGUCAUGAAAACACGGUGAAAUAACAGGAGGCAUUUUAUGUCUAGCAUGAAUGUUAAGAGGCGGCAAAAAAUGGGCACUGAUAAUUAGUUACAGACUUUUCCCAGUGACUUUGAAGAAUAAUUUUCCACGGAGCAUCAUGAUUAGUUUCAACACCUUUAGAUUGUAGACUAAAGAGGGAACUUUCUCGUAUCUUAGGUAAACACGCUAAAGGUACCCUAAUUUGCCAUUAAGGAUAGCAUAUAUCACUGAAACCUCAUGCUGUCUGUAAACAUAGUCUCAAACUCUUACAGUUUUGAAAGGAAAGAGUCAUGCUUGUGUUUCAAUAAUGUUUUCAGAAGGUAGCUCUGUAUCACAACCACGUGAUCGUGAAGGAAAGUGGAUCAACAAAGGAAACUCCUUGGCACCAGGAUCAGGCGUACUACGAGAUCGACGGACAGCAGGUAAAACCUUUCUUUCUUGUUACUAUACUUGUUUCUAAGUUUUGUUAUGUCUUAGAGAGGAUUUGAGAGCAGUGAUCAAUAUCGGCCACACCACUUUUCCCAACACCACGAAAUACCCGUACAGUUGAUGUAGUAUAAUCAAGUCAUUAAACACUGAAGUAAACUAACAGAAACUGUAAUUUCAUUUUAACAGGUAUGCUCUAUCUGGCUGCCAGUGGACCCAGUUUCUAAGUAUACUUGUCUUCGCCUGGUGAAAGGCUCGCACACUUGGCCCCAGUACUUCAAACCAGUGCAUUUCGACGGCCCGCCGUUUUCAUCUUAUGAAAUUAAACCAGGACAGGAAGAAGAAGCAAAACGCUUUCUGCCAACACUAGACUUUGACUGCAACAAAGACAAUGAAGUUUUAACCUGGGAUAUGGAGGUAAGUAAAGAUUUGUUUAUGUGAUGAGCUCAAUACCUCACUGAGCGCAUAGCCUGUUCUAGGUGUUCGCCGGGAUAGGCCCGAGUGCUGCUGCGCUGUUCCGGCACGAUCUGAACGCCUGGCCGGAACAGGCUACUGAGCGCAGCACUUAAAAGAGCCAGAGCAAUCAGUAAAUAAUCAGUCGAAACUUAUCCUUGCACUACAGAACCUUGGCCAUGCAGUUGUCAUUUUGCGGUCUACGGUUGAGAAAUGUAGCGAAGCACGCGCAAAUGCAUUUGAUCACUCACCAUAUAGGAUGUUCACAGUGACGUAAGCAAUUUUGUUUUCCUGGUGAAAGUGAAUAUGCGAAAUUUCAUAUAUUUAACUGUACCCUGUUUCAGCCUGGAGACUGUAUAGUUUUCCAUAUGAGGACAGUCCACAGUUCCCAUGGUAACAACCUCCCGACUCCGCGCCGGGCAUUUUCCACAAGAUGGCUUGGAGAUGACACUAUUAAGGGUGAAAGGCCGUGGAUGAAUCUCCCACCCAGUCAUGAGUUGGCAAAGUUACAGCGAGGAGAUAAACUUCUAGAAUCAGGUUUAUUUCCUGUUGUUUGGACUGGUGUAGAGUCCUAGAAGCAUUUUACAAUAGUUUCCUCACAAUGGCGCCCAGGCCGGUCAUUAAUAAACGGAUGAGUGAAAUGUCCGUGAAAGUGGGCGUUUUAGCACGUUUGAUAUGGUCGUAAUUUUAGUUGGAUAUGGAUCACAAACCCUUGGAAAGCAUUUUCUGGAUCAAUUCAAAACCUCGUGCGUCAGCGAGAGAUAGAUGUUGCUUUUAUAGACCUUCAAUAACAAGGAUAAACUUUUUAAAGUAAUGAUCCGGCCGGGAAAACUGAACAUUGCCUAAAUGUCCCAGGCAGGUUAAAUUCGGUGUGUGAGGACAGAUAGUGGAGCAUGGAAAUCACGACUUCGUCAGAAGUACCGGUUUCCGAGUAGUUUUAGCACCGAGGAACCCAAAGAACAUCCGAAAGAGAUGACAAUCGCUGCGGCUGAGACUACUGAAAAUCACAAAUCACCCAGUAAUAAGAACACUGUAGACCUUAAGUACUUCUUUCUUCAGUGUAGAACAAUAAAUAAACAGUGUAGGCU